AUGGAGCAAACAAAUUUGAGUGUGACAACUUAUUUCAUCAUAAUUGGGUUCUCAGAUUUCCCUAUAUUACAGCCUGCAAUAUCAUUUCUGGUUCUUCUUGUUUUUCUUGCCACUGUCAGUGGUAACAUGACAAUUCUUCUACUGGUCUGCAAAGACCAACACCUUCACACUCCUAUGUAUUUCUUUAUAUGUAACUUGUCCAUUGUGGACAUCUGUUGCUCAACCAACAAUCUACAUAAUAUCCUCAUCAGUUCAGUAUUAGGAGACAACACUAUUUCUAUUGCUGGUUGUUUAAUACAGAUCUUUAUAUUCAUAUCCUUAACGUGUGCCGAGCUGCUUAUUUUGGCGGUCAUGAGUUACGAUCGCUAUGUAGCCAUAUGCAACCCGCUAUACUACAACAUGAUCAUGAACUUUCCUGUUUGUACCCUACUAGGAAUUUCAUGUUGGGUUUUAGGAGCUCUAGAAAGUAUCCCAAUUUUUUUGGAAUUGUUCAGGUUAACUUGCUAUAAAUCAAACACCAUCAACCACUUUUUCUGUGAUAUUAUGCCAGUGAUGAAAUUGACCUGCAGUGACACAACUUUCUUGGAUUUUUAUAUUCUUACCUUAGGAGUUUUAGUUUCAGCUUUCUCUCCAUUUCUUUUCACAGUAAUUUCCUACAUCUUCAUUAUUGUCUCUGUUCUGAAGAUCAAUUCCACCGCUGGAAGACAUAAAGCCUUCUACACUUUUUCCUCACACCUCACAGUCUUCAUUCUGCUGUACACAACUCUUGCUAUCCAGUACCUGAGACCACAUUCAGUAAUAAACUUAGACUCCAAUAAACUGCUGGACUCUAAUAAACUAAUCUCUCUCUUUAACACAGCUGCCAUGCCUCUGCUGAACCCCCUCAUUUAUAGCUUGAAAAAUAAAGAUGUUAAAGCAUCUUUUAGGAGAGUUAGUAGAGUUAUUAAGCAAAAGCUGUAG